AUGAUGAGAAACGUAGGGAGUUCAAGCUCCGGCGGAAAAGGCAUAGCGGCGGUGGUCGGAGUCGGACCAAAGCUUGGCCGCUCCGUAGCUCGGAAGUUCGCACACGAAGGCUACACCGUCGCCAUUCUCGCCCGCGAUCUCGGUAGGCUAUCUAGAGUGGCGGAAGAGAUAGCAAGAGAAGAGAAAGCACAAGUGUUUGCUAUAAGAAUUGAUUGUGCGGAUCCAAGAAGCGUAAGAGAAGCAUUCGAAGGAGUAUUGUCGUUAGGGUUCGUUGAGGUUUUGGUGUACAAUGCUUAUUCUUCUUCUUCUUACACAAAUCACCAUCCCACCUCUUUCACCCACAUUCCUUUCCAAUCUUUCCAAACUUCGCUCACCGUCUCUGUCUUUGCUGCAUUCCUCUGCGCACAACAGGUUAUUCCUGGGAUGAUGGAGAAAGGGAAAGGAACCAUACUCUUCACCGGUUGCUCGGCGUCUUUGAAUGGCGUUGCUGGUUUCUCCGAACUAUGCUGUGGGAAAUUUGCAUUGAGGGCACUCUCUCAAUGCUUAGCAAAAGAAUAUCAAGCUUUUGGAAUACAUGUGGCUCACGUUAUCAUCGACGGUGUGGUUGGACCUCCAAGAGAAAUAAACAUUGCUCCUCGAGGAAUGGUCGCAGAGCACUCAUUCAACGCAGGAGGCGAAGAUGGAGAAGGAGAAGGCGAAAGCUCGGGAGUGAAGGGAAUGGAUCCUGACGUAUUGGCUCAAACAUAUUGGUACCUCCAUGUCCAAGACCGAAGAGCUUGGACUCACGAACUCGAUAUCCGACCAUCAAACACAAGAUUCUAG